AUGGCCCGUCAACGAGGCGAAAAAUGGUCGGCGUGUCAACCGUUUUGCAUUGCAGGCGCCCGCGCGCGAGUCUCCGCUGUAGUUGUUGUUAUUGUUUUUGCAGAGUUCUACUCGCGCCGUCGUGAGAGUCAGACACCCGCGGCCGUAGCCGCAAGCCGCGACACAAGACACUUUUCGGUCGCAAAAGUACCGCCGCGCGGGGCAACAUGGCGCGAAAAGGCGGAGCCAAGAAAUCAUGGAGGGUGGCUGCUGCUUAAGCGGCCGCGGUGA